CAUCGAAUCCAGCACAAGUCAAACAAUAGUUUCCAUUGCUCUAAGCAAUUCAUAUAUCUACAUCACCAUCAUAAUGUCCAAGACCGCGAGCCGUCCUGACUGGGCGGACGAUGUCUCGGACUCAGAGCAGAUCAAUGACCCCUCCGCACUCCCUCCACCGGUUACAACAGUGAAUAGAGAUGGCACGAAGACAACGAUAUCAUACCGCCUGGACGACCAGGGCCGCAAGGUCAAGGUGACCCGAAAGACCCGCACAACCGUCCACAAAGAGAGAGUAAAUCCUGUGGUGGCAGAGCGAAGAGAAUGGUCGAAAUUUGGCCUGGAGAAGGGCAAAUCGAAAGGACCACAGCCAGACACCACCUCCGUUGGUGAGAACAUUGUCUUCCGACCCAGCAGAGACUGGAAGAAUGUGCAAGCCGAGGAAGCGAAGGCUGGCGGCGGCAAGGCUGAGGAGAAGAGUUUGAAAGAACAACUUAAAGAUAAGAAGGUCAAGUGCCGUAUUUGUCAGGGCGAACAUUUCACAGCCAGAUGUCCCUUCAAGGACACCAUGGCACCCGCAGACGAUGGUACCACCCCGGUUGCUGAUCCCAUGGCGGAGGAUGAAGAAGGUGGUGCCAAAGCAGCUGGCGGUUCGAGCGGAGGACCUGGCGGCAGCAGCUACGUGCCGCCUCACAUGCGAAAAGGUGCUGCAGGUGCCGGUGAGAGAAUGGGUGGCAAAUUUGAAAGAGACGACCUGGCUACGCUACGUGUUACGAAUGUCUCCGAGAUGGCAGAGGAGCAAGAGCUCCGCGAUCUCUUUGAGCGCUUUGGCCGCGUCACUCGUGUCUUCCUUGCGAAAGACAGGGACACGGGUCGUGCGAAGGGCUUUGCGUUUAUCUCGUUCGUUGACAGAACUGAUGCUGCAAGAGCGUGCGAGAAGAUGGACGGUUUUGGUUAUAGGCAUCUGAUUCUAAGAGUCGAGUUCGCGAAGAGGACUGCAUAAAAUGUUGCGCGUGGACGACGGUGGGCUUUGCAUCGGAUCUCUUCGUCGAUGUUCAUGUCUGUGGACAUGAUCAUGAUGUGCAGAUAUGUAUGAUAGAAGAUGCAAAACCCGGAAUGACUUCAAAAUGACAUGUCGUGGCGUUUACAAGAAGACUCAGUUUCUCAAUAUCAAUUCUACCUGCACA